AUGUCCCGAUCCCUGAUUGGUCCAUCAAUUUUAAACUCCAACCUAUCAAAGUUAGCUGAUGAAUGUAAACGGUUGCUACUGGCUGGUGCGGAUUAUUUACAUCUGGACGUGAUGGAUGGCCAUUUUGUACCUAACUUAACUUUUGGUCAUCCCGUUGUGGCCUGCUUGAGGCCAAACUUUCCUGGGGUACUCUUCGACGUUCACAUGAUGGUUUCCAAUCCAGAACAGUGGGUAGAGCCAAUGUCAAAAGCUGGGGCCAACUCAUACACAUUUCAUGUAGAGGCAACGAACGAUGUUCCUAACUGCAUCAAAUUAGUGAAAGAACACAAAAUGAAGGUAGGCAUUGCAAUCAAACCAAAAACACCUGUUGAUUGCAUAUUGGAGUAUUUGAAUUGCGUCAAUUUGGUUCUUGUUAUGACAGUCGAGCCUGGUUUCGGAGGCCAAAAAUUUAUGGCAGACAUGAUGACUAAGGUUGUCGAGAAGAUAAGGUCGCUCGCACCCGACCUUGACAUUCAAGUUGACGGUGGGGUCUGUCUGGAUAAUAUUGAACUCUGCGCUAAGUCCGGGGCCAAUGUUAUUGUAUCUGGUAGCGCCCUUGUCAACAGUUCAGAUCCACAAUCCGCCAUCCAAAACAUGAAAACUGCUGUCGAUAAAGAGAUAGAGAGAAUGAGAGAAAGAAAAUGA